CUACAAGUUCGCUUUUUUUUGGCGCGCUACGAAAUAAACACACCAAUAUCUUACACCAAUACACAACACACGAUACACAAUCAGGCUCGGUUGCUGUGUGUGUGUGUUUGUGCUUGUAUUUGUCUGCGUGUGAGUGCCUUCUAAAGACGCCCAUCCUGCGAAGCGACAAAAUUCAUCAACUCUUGUGUCUGGGGUGGUAUGUGGAUAAAUUUUAGCCGCCAUGGAUCCCAGUGCUCUACAAAACAUGGAUCGGGACGCAUUAAAGAAGCAAAUCGAGAAUAUGAAAUAUCAGGCCUCAAUGGAGCGCUGGCCGUUAUCUAAAUCCAUAGCAGAAAUGCGUUCGUUCAUCGAGGAGAACGAGAAGAACGAUCCGUUGAUCAAUGCGCCGGAUAAGAAGAACAAUCCGUGGGCCGAAAAGGGCAAAUGCGUUAUCAUGUAAUAUUAUCGUAAACCACAAAAAUACCGCCAUAACUAUGAUAACCAGCCAAACAACAAUAAUGCAACCCAUUCCACGAAUCAUACCACAACAACAACAACAACAACAACACCAACAGCAACCAAUCAAUAUAGCUUUGAGGCCCAUCCUCCACAUCAUCAACAAUUAGAGACCCAAAACCAAUGUAGCAGCCAAGUUUCGGGGCAGGGUGAAUCCCUAGAUGUGGU